AUGAAAGAGACAAAUCUGAGUUUUUCUGGAUUCAGGUGCACAGUGUCCCUCUGCACCCCAGAGCCCUGCAGGCUCCGCUCAGACCACAGACCACGGACAACAGACCACGGACAACAGACCACGGACCACAGACAACAGACCACAGACCACAGACAACAGACCACGGACAACAGACAACAGACCACGGACAACAGACCACAGACGACGGACAACAGACCACGGACAACAGACCACGGACAACAGACCACGGACAACAGACCACGGACAACAGACAACAGACCACAGACGACGGACAACAGACCACGGACAACAGACCACGGACAACAGACAACAGACCACGGACAACAGACCACAGACGACGGACAACAGACCACAGACCACAGACCACAGACCACAGACAACAGACCACAGACCACAGACAACAGACCACAGACCACAGACAACAGACCACGGACAACAGACAACAGACCACGGACAACAGACCACAGACGACGGACAACAGACCACGGACAACAGACCACGGACAACAGACCACGGACAACAGACCACGGACAACAGACCACGGACAACAGACCACGGACCACAGACAACAGACCACGGACAACAGACAACAGACCACGGACAACAGACCACAGACCACAGACCACAGACCACGGACAACAGACCACAGACCACAGACAACAGACCACAGACCACAGACCACAGACAACAGACAACAGACCACAGACAACAGACAACACCACAGACCACAGACAACAGACCACAGACAACAGACAACAGACAACAGACAACAGACCACAGACCACAGACCACAGACCACAGACAACAGACCACAGACCACAGACAACAGACCACGGACAACAGACCACAGACAACAGACAACAGACCACGGACAACAGACCACAGACCACGGACAACAGACCACGGACAACAGACAACAGACCACAGACAACAGACCACAGACAACAGACCACAGACAACAGACAACAGACCACGGACAACAGACCACAGACCACGGACAACAGACCACGGACAACAGACAACAGACCACAGACAACAGACCACAGACAACAGACCACAGACAACAGACAACAGACCACAGACAACAGACCACAGACCACGGACAACAGACCACAGACAACAGACCACAGACCACAGACAACAGACCACGGACAACAGACCACAGACAACAGACAACAGACAACAGACCACAGACCACAGACCACGGACAACAGACCACAGACCACAGACAACAGACCACAGACAACAGACAACAGACCACAGACAACAGACCACAGACCACAGACCACGGACAACAGACCACAGACAACAGACCACGGACAACAGACAACAGACCACGGACAACAGACCACAGACCACGGACAACAGACCACAGACCACAGACAGCACAACAGACCACAGACAACAGACAACAGACCACAGACCACAGACCACGGACAACAGACAACAGACCACGGACAACAGACCACAGACCACGGACAACAGACCACAGACCACGGACAACAGACCACAGACCACGGACAACAGACCACAGACCACGGACAACAGACCACAGACCACAGACCAAGUGAGAAUGGACAAAGUUACAGAACACACAAGUCUGUCGGUUGA